AUGUCAAGAUUCUCCUCUGCAUUGCAAUGGGCUCCUCACCUCAAAAGUCGCAGAGCCUUGCUGUCUCCUUCACACAUUGCCUUAACCUUCGCCUAUCCAUGCACCCACCCUUCCCUGCACCCGCCCUUCCCUGCACCCGCCCUUCCCUGCACCCCCCUUUCCCUGCAUCCGCCCUGCCCUGCAGCGUCUGCCCCUCCGACAAUCACGCGAGACCAGCUGCUCGUUUGGGAGAGCCUCGGGACUUCCGAAGGCGAGCGAAUCAGGGCGUGCCAGGUGGCAGUGGCGCGGGCGCUGUACACUGCAGUGAAGGAGAACUGCCUGGCCGGGCCGACAGGUGGAGCCAGCUAUGCCAGCAGCAGCGCUGUCGCUGAUACCAGCAGCAGCAGCAGCAGCAGCAGCAGCAGCAGCAGCAGCAUGGGCAGUGGCGGCGGGUCGCUGAUGUGGUCCUCACCGGCCAAGAGCCUCUCCCUUGCCUCUCGCAGUCGCCUCGUCGCUUUCCUCUGCACUCUCUUUGGCGGCCCUGUGGCCAACAACCCUCUCUGCAACUUCACAGAAUCUUCCUCUGGGCGGCAGUUGAAGAAGCAAGCAGAGCUGGUGGAUUACAUUCGAGCGACAGGGGCUGGCAGGGGGGCUGAGAGUGGCUUUGAGGGGGGACCCACCGCACGUACGGGGGCUGGGAGGGGGGACCCACCGCACGUACGGGUGCUCAUCCCACCCCAAUCCCCUGCUCAUCCCACCCCAAUCCCCUGCUCAUCCCACCCCAAUCCCCUGCUCAUCCCACCCCAAUCCCCUGCUCAUCCCACCCCAAUCCCCUGCUCAUCCCACCCCAAUCCCCUGCUCAUCCCACCCCAAUCCCCUGCUCAUCCCACCCCAAUCCCCUGCUCAUCCCACCCUAAUCCCCUGCUCAUCCCACCCCAAUCCCCUGCUCAUCCCACCCCAAUCCCCUGCUCAUCCCACCCCAAUCCCCUGCUCAUCCCACCCCAAUCCCCUGCUCAUCCCACCCCAAUCCCCUGCUUUCAUUCACGCAUGCGCAGUCCAUCUCGGCGCUUCUCUGCCACCCAGCAGUCUCUCUUCAUCCAAAUCCUCAUCAUCGCGCUGCAGUCAGUCGUGCUGAAGAUGCCAGACGAUGCCGUCCAGUCUGCCACCCGCCUGCUGCAUGCCUAUGAUGAUGCAGUCGUCUCGUCCGAUGCUUCUUCCUGCCCCCAAGCUGUUCCUCAUCGUUCCCAUCUUUUUGUUUCCCACCUGAAAUUCUCGGGCUUCUCCCUCCCGCACUCCUCCACUGCUCCCCCCUUCACUUCUCCACUGCUCCCCUCUUCACUCCUCCACUGCUCCCCUCUUCACUCCUCCACUGCUCUCCACUGCUCCCCUCUUCACUCCUCAACUGCUCCCCUCUGCACUCCUCCACUGCUCCCCUCUUCACUCCUCCACUCCUCCCCUCUUCACACCUCCACUGCUCCCCUCUUCACUCCUCCACUGCUCCCCUCUUCACUCCUCCACUGCUCCCCUCUUCACGCCUCCACUGCAGGACCGGUGGGCUCAGAGCCGUUUCUUGGGUUUGGAGCAGGUCGCCUCGGCCUAUCACGGCUUGCAACGUGUGCAUGGGACAACAUCGGGCUCGGAGAUGCGACGGAUGAGCCUGUGCCAUGCGUGCUGCGUGAGUACAUUGGAGUGAUGACGUGGCACCUAUGGAGUGGGUGGCGUGGCGACACAUCAGCGGCGCAUUUCACGUACACCAAGGUGUUUGGCACGGUGCGGGACAUGACCGUCAAGGACUCGCCGCACUCGCUCGCCUCCACUCUCCUCCACGCCAACCCCCACCCAGAGCCGCCACCGAGCACGCCUGUGCGGCCGUACGAGCAGCUGCUGGCGUCGCGCUGUGCGCCCGCGUGUGCGCUGGCCAUGCUGGCCAAUGGCCGCUGCGACCCCGCAUGCAACGUGGCUGCCUGCGACUUCGAUGGCGGCAACUGUGCCUGCGCCACUGCCCACGCUGCUGGGGCUGGCGGCAGCACCACUGGCAGCGCUGGUAGCGGAGGAGGAGGGGGAGCAGAUGUGCAGUGGUGUGAAUGCUCCGUGCUGCAAAUGCGCGGGGUUGAUGGAGCGUGCUGUGAGGCGGCGGGAGUGGGGGAGGCCAUCAAGGUGCCCUUCAGUCUGCGCCGUUUCGGCCCCAACGUGCAUCCCCUCGACGCCACUCCCUCCACAAACGCCUCUCUGCCGCGCACUGUCUCCCAGUACAACAGCCCACGUCCACCAUUCCUCUCCUUCCUCCGCUUGCCUCCUGCCCUCUCCUGCCUCACUCCGGCACGGCAUGGCAGGUUCCACUUCCAGGAGGCAUGUGUGGGGGGGGAGUCGGCGAGAGCGUUUGGGGUGAACCCGGUGUUCCUGCCGUCGUCGUCGCUCUACAACCCCAAUGUCGCCGUCACCAACACCACUGCCUUCACCAACCAGCCCUUCGCCAACCCCUUUGAGCUCAACGCCAAGGGGCUGCCCUUCGGCUUCCAGCAGCUCGUCAGUCACACCUUGCCUUGCCUUCACCCGUGUGCACUGUCUUCUGCUACAGUGCAUGUAACCGUGUUACCAUGUUUCCGUACUCAUCCAACUGCUGCCUCUCUUGCUCCCUUGCGCUCCCUUGCGCUUCCAACCCAACACUCUUUGUGUCCACAGCCGGGCAGCGGGCAGUUCCCGAUCGUGUUUGACGUGAAUCUGGAUAACGCGGGGGCAACGCGGCGGCUGCAGUACUUGGUGGACGGCUUCUUCAUCGACAACUAUACGCGCACCAUCAACGUCGGCCUCAUCACCCGCGAUGGUACUGUCGGCCUCAUCAUCCGCAAUGGUACUCUCGGCCUCAUCACCCGCAAUGGUACUGUCGGCCUCAUCAUCCGCAAUGGUACUGUUGGCCUCAUCACCCGCAAUGGUACUGUCGGCCUCAUCGCCCGCAAUGUACUGUGA